CGAUGCAGCCAGAACACAACAGUAACCCCUAUACUAGACAGGAUGAGGGGAGGAUCAAUGGGAUAGGAGACAAUCAGACCAAGGAGGAAGCAUUGAGUGGCGAGCCGCCGACCGAACACUGUGAUGAGGCUACUGCAGACUCUGAAAUGGCGCACAACGGUGGUUCUCCCCAAGACCAGGAGAAUCAGCACGCACAGGAGGACCAGGGACAGGACCUGGGAGAUGGCGAAUGCAAGAUCCCACAUGAGGACAGCACUAUCCAGCUAAUAGAGGCUGGAUGUCUCGAUAGUAAACCCGGUGUGUCUUCGAAUUCCCAGUCUCAGUCCUCGGCACCAGGGCAGAGCCCCGGGUUCGUCCCACCCGAGGGCGGGUUCGGCUGGUUAGUUGUUUUCGCUGCUACCUGGUGUAAUGGAUCCAUUUUCGGGAUACAGAACUCCUUCGGUAUCCUCCACAUGAUGCUGGUGGAAGACCACGCAGACCCCAAUGACAAAACGUCGCAGUUUAAAGUAGCCUGGGUGGGGGCCCUGGCGAUGGGCAUGAUCUUCUUCUGUUCCCCGGUGGUCUCCAUGUUCACCGAUCACUUCGGAUGCAGGAAGACAGCUGUGGGCGGGGCCACCGUGGCCUUCAUCGGACUCCUCAGCACCGCCUUCGCAAAGUCCCUCAGCCUACGGUAUUUCACCUAUGGGAUCCUGUUUGGCUGUGGCUCUUCCUUUGCCUUCCAGCCCUCCCUGGUGAUCCUGGGCCACUACUUCCGGCAGCGGCUGGGCCUGGCUAACGGCGUGGUGACGGCGGGCAGCAGCCUGUUCUCCAUGGGCCUCCCGGUGUUGCUCACCAAGGUGGUGGAGCCGCUGGGUCUCAGCAGAACCUUCCAGAUCCUCAGCCUCUUCAUGCUGAUCCAGGCCCUGCUGGCCCUGACCUUCAGACCCCUGCUGCCCCAGAGAGUUCCAAUGGGACCACCAGAACCAGGGGGCCCCGCUGGGUCCACAACCCAGCCAGGAGCCCCUGCCCGGGGAAGCCGCUGGAGCAGGGCCCAGACCCAGGUCCGGAAGGCCUUUAACGUGAAGGUGUUCCACAUCGUCACCUACCGGGUGUGGGCGUUCGGGGUGUCUACAGCUGUGCUGGGUUACUUUGUGCCUUACAUCCACUUGAUGAGCUUCGUGAAGGAGCAGUUCAAGGAGCCCCAGAAGGAGUGGAUCCUGUUGGUGUGUAUAGGAGCCUCAUCUGGCGUGGGACGCCUCCUCUUCGGGAAAGUAGGAGACCUCAUUCCCGGAGCCAAGAAGAUCUGGAUGCAGUCGGUGUCGUUCAUGGUGCUGGGGCUGAUGUCCAUGAUGAUCCCCCAGUGCACGGUGUUUGAGGGGCUGAUUGUAGUGUGUGUGUUCCUAGGGCUGUGUGAUGGCUGCUUCAUCACCAUCAUGGCUCCUAUAGCCUUUGAGCUGGUGGGCCCCAUGCAGGCCUCCCAGGCUAUAGGAUACCUACUGGGACUCAUGGCCCUGCCCAUGACCGCAGGACCCCCCAUCGCUGGACUCCUGCAUGACUACUGUGGUGAUUACAACGUGGCCUUCUACCUGGCAGGGGGUCCUCCCAUCGUGGGGGGCAUUGUGCUGUUCUUUGUGCCCCUGAUACACCGGCGGCAGCAGAGAGCCUUUGCGGGUCAGGAUGAGGGGCCGGAUGACCCCAGCAGGGAUCAUAUGCUGCCCCCGGCGGCCUGCUCUAACGGAAACAUGAUGCCUGGGUACACUGACGUGGAGACACACAUCUGAGUAGCACUACACAAAGGGAUUCUAUUCACCAGCACCUGAGAUCUGUCCGUCCCUGCACCUCCUCCCUUCCCCCGGCCCCUGAACCCCUUCCCCCGGCCCCUGAACCCCUUCCCCGGCCUCUGAACCCCGGCCCCUGAACCCCUUCCCCCGGCCCCUGAACCCCGGCCCCUGACCACGGACUACCUGAUGAUGUACCUCUCAACCUCUGCCACAGUUUCUAUAGAGAGCCCUCUCCUCUCUGAAUGCCAUUCGUUCCUUAUAGUGAUCCCUAUGGCCUAAGGAAAGAGGGUUUUUUCCCCCCUCUCAAAUAAAGGAGGAACAUGUCACUGAUCAUCCUACUUGAACGAAGAGAGAGACGAUUGGCAUUAUCAUAGGACCUGGGCGUCACACAAUCCAAAACAGUGCACUCGUUCCCUGUGUCUUUCAGCUCAUUUAAAAUGGUUUUAGACUUCAAAAUGUGAAUUAACACAAUAAGUGUGUACCAUAUAGAGCUGGCCGCCUGAAAACAAAUAUUUUUUAAAUUCUGUUUUGUCUGGAAUCAGAGUAUGUAAAUGUUUUAAUAUGCUUCAGUAUGUUCAGAUUAUUCAGAAAGAUACAUGUUAUUAGAGUAAUUGAAUGGAGUACUUUGUACUUCUCUGUCUAGACCACAAGCAUCUCACACUUUAUUUCAUGUUAUGUUCUUUCUGUCUGUAGGUGUUUCAUUAUAUAAACCGGUUAAAAGUUUUAGAACACCUUCUCAUUAUUCUUUAUUUUUUAUUAUUUUCUACAUUGUAGAAUGAUAGUGAAGACAUCAAAACAAUGAAAUAACACAUAUGGAAUCAUGUCGUAAAGCUGUCAUCAAGGCAAAGGGUGGCUAUUUGAAGAAUCUCAAAUAUAAAAUACAGAAGUUUACAUACACCGUAGCCAAAUACAUUUCAAUUAAGUUUUUCACAGUUCCUAACAUUUAAUCCAAAUAAAAAUUCCCUGUUUUAGGUCAGUUAGGAUCACUACUUUAUUUUAAGAUUGUGAAAUGUCAGAAUAAUAGUAGAGAGAAUGAUUUAUUUCAGCUUGAAGGUAGGCCUUGAAAUACAUCCACAGGUACACCUCCAAUUGACACCUCCAAUUGUCAGCUUAGUGUAUGUAAACUUCUGUCCCACUGGAAUUGUGAUACAGUGAGUUAUAAGUGAAAUAAUCCGUCUGUAAACAAUUGUUGGAAAAAUGUGUCAUGCACAAAGUAGAUGUCCUAACCGACUUACCAAAGCUAUAGUUUGUUAUCAAGAAAUGUGUGGUGUGGUUGAAAAAUGACUCCAACCUACAGUGGGGCAAAAAAGUAUUUAGUCAGCCACCAAUGUGUACGUAAACAUCCGACUUCAACUGUAUAUUUUGAUGAACACUUUUUUUUUUUUCAUAUUCCAUGUGUUAUUUCAUAGUUUCUUCACUAUUAUUCUACAAUGUAUAAAAUAGUCAAAAUAAAGAAAAACCCUUGAAUGAGUAGGUGUUUGAAAACUUUUGACCGGUAGUGUAGAUCUAGGGCAUAAUAUAGGACAUUUGAAAUACUUAUUGCA